AUGUCUAUCAUUAUUUUAUACAAAGACCAAUGCGAGAGUGGUAACUUCUACAACUACACCGGAGAGAUCUUAAGCGAUGGUUAUCCCAAUGAACUUCCAAGUCGACUCUACUGCUUCCAUUUAAUUCGGAUCCAUGGAGCUGAGACAAUCAACAUUACCUUCGCCGAUGUUCAUUCCAGCGUUUCAACAAGUAAUCUAGUAUCCCUCGGAUACGGAUAUGAAAUUCCUUCACCCGUUAUCCACAGCAGCCCCGAUGUUGUUUGGGAUUCUAGUAUGGAUGUUCCCACUCCGUUAGUUUUCAAUAGUUCUGCAGCCUGGAUUAUGGUGAAAACACAUGAUUCAUUGGGUCUGAGAUAUAAUCUGACAAUAAGUGCUGAUGGUAAUAACUGCAUUGAUAUCCAAUGCCCGGUGGGAAAAUGCAAUAAUGUCAUAAGAGAUUAUACAUGCCCAUGUUACCGCACGUGUCACAACGGAGGCGUAUGCAACUUACACGGGGAAUGUGACUGUCCACAAAACAUAUCGACGGGGGAAAGUUGUCAAUAUGUUCUUUGUAGAAUUCCUGACUAUCCGGCUCAUCUGAUCGGGUUGACGGCUAAUUGCUCUUCACAAGCGCUUAUUUACCAAGACGGUAAAUGCAGUUUCACAUGCGAGGAUGGCUUCAAACGAGUGGGUGAACCUGUUGUAAGAUGUUUAGAAAAUGGAAACCUAAAUACUUCUCUACCUAGUUGCCAUGUUGCAUGUGAUGUCCCAUUGCCACCGGAGUUCUUAGUUUCGAUAGAGGGUAAUUGCUUGGACGAGGAUCGCGUGGUACUGGAGGGACAAACGUGUACCUUUGGAUGCCAGGAGGGGUACAUGCUGAUUGGAGAAUCUUCUCUGACGUGUGGAUCAGAUGGUGGAUCGCUAUCUCUCCCUGAGUGCCAAGUGGUUGUUUGCGAUAUACCAGUCCUACCAUCUAAUCUCAGGAGUAGGCCUAUCGAUAUUGGAUGCCAAGGCUUAUCGACUAUCGAAUAUAAUAUUACGUGCGAAUAUUACUGCCAGGCCGGCUACAUCCUCAGUGGUAUGGAUCAAAUAUCCUGCAAUGCCAAGGGACAAUUGACUGGGAAUCUGCCUAAUUGUGAAGAACUUCCGAAUGAUGAUGAUAAUGAUGAUGAUAACGACGGCGACACAAGUCCUGAAUAUGUCGACACCACGGACGACGUAAACAAUGAUGACGACGAAAUAACGACAACAGAACCUUCAACAAUGGGGUCGACAGAAAGCACCACGAGUUAUGCGGGUUUGACGACGAUGGAGGUCGUGAUGAUUGCCGGUGCUGUCCUGGGAUUCAUUUUCAUUAUUAAUGUGGUAAUCAUCACUCUCUGCUGUAAGCCAAACUGCUGUCGAAGUGGUAAAGAAGAACGGGAACAACCACCAAUGCCGAUAGAUUCCAUUAACGUGCCGAUUGUAAAUGAAAAUCGUUAUGGACCCGGUCCACCUGCUGAUGCGCUGACAGCAGAUGAAACGCCGUCGUCUUCCGAAAAGUACGAUAAAUAUAAAUUCCCGGUAGGACGACUUCGCGGGCUUCACCUAGCAAACAAUCUCAUUGGCGGCGGCUCGUUCGGUCAAGUUUACCGCGUCGAAGCGGUUGGGAUCAUUGACGGUCAAGACAGGACUACAGUCGCGGUAAAGACGCUUCGAGAUUCGCCCUCAGACCUUGAAAAGGAUAAUUUCUCGAAUGAACUUGAGAUGAUGAAAGAUAUACCUCCUCAUCCAAAUAUCAUCAAGCUACUUGGGUACAGCACAGCUGAAGACGGCUCUACCUACAUUAUAAUGGAAUAUUGUCCCAAUCAGAGCCUGCGACAUUGUCUAAUGCAGCUGUCUAAAGAGAAUCGGCGGCAGGACGUCUGCGUGUCAUCAGAACAACUUCUUCGCUUCGGUGUACAAAUCGCCGGUGCUAUGGAAUUCAUUGCUCAAAAACAGAUUGUCCAUCGGGACCUAGCGGCACGGAACAUCCUUUUAGGGUUGAGGCUCGAGUGUAAGGUGGCCGACUUUGGUCUGGCGAGGAGUAUGAAUGAAGAUGAGGAAUACAUUAUGAUGUCAAGGAGCCGAAUGCCCAUUCGAUGGAUGGCGCCUGAAUCUCUUUAUCGUGACGUGUACUCAACGAAGAGUGAUGUUUGGUCUUUUGCUGUAGUCAUGUGGGAAAUCUUGACACUUGGUGCACGCCCUUACACCGGGAUGGACAUCCAACAAGUGAAGAUGGCAGUAAAUAUGGGAUACCGAUUGCCUAAUCCCGAACAUUGUAGCCAGGAUUUAUAUAACUUGAUGCUAGAAUGCUGGAUAGGCAACCCCGUGGGAAGACCGACGUUUGGCCAAAUAAAAGUACGACUAGACGAUAUGCUGAUGACCCCAAAUGCCAACAUCGUAAUGGACAAGUUUGACGGCACUGACUACGAUUACAUGCCGAUGUCUGCUCUCGUUGAUGACGUCGACAUGAACGCCAUGUCGCCCACGGAUACGACUCCCGACUUUAAUACGCAUGGUCUAUAUAAGAUACCAUGUGAGCCGUGAUUCUAUACGUAUAUAAAUGAAACUUGUGACUUUCGUGACUUUCUAACGAUCAUCCAUUUUAAUUUAUUCUCUUUAUUAAGUCAUACACACACUGCAAAAACUCCGGUGUUGAUUUAACACC